AUGCAAACCUUCUUAAACGAAAUAGAAGAUCUUGUUAACGAAGGAGAGGUGAAGAGAAACUUUAACGAGGCGGAGGAAUUGAUGGUCAACACGUGUAAAGAGUUAAUCGAGAAAAAAAAAAAAAACAGCAAUUCCCCAAUUCACGAAAAAAUAAAAUUAUUCCUCGAGGAAGUCAAUUUUAUUAAUUACACACUUGACCAAUAUGCCAAGGAGAGCCAACGUAGAAAAGAAAUUUCAGACAGUGAGAAGGGACAACUGGGUCAGCUUCUAUUAUCCCAGGGGGACAAUUUCCCCUCCAAGGAGCAGGACGAAAUUUUGAAGGAUCUAGUUUUUUUGGAGCUAGGCUUGAAGGAGACUUCUCCAGCUGUGGGCGAGACCAAAAAACUGCUGCUACUAAUUAGCGAGAAUUUUGAAAAAAUUGAAAACAAGGAAUUCGUGCUGACCACGGAAAAGGCUCUGGACAUACGAAUCGAUGACUUUCGAAGGAACGAAAUAAGUGAAGAUUAUUUUUCCAAAAGGAUAAGUCAGAUACACGCGGACACGGUGAACCAACUGGCACGUGAACUAGAAGAGAAGGAGAAGAACUCAACGACCACAUGCCGGGAAAACACAUCAAAGGAGGGUGCAGAGAAUAAUGCACAUGACGAACUCUCCAAGGUGAAUUUAACUGUGGUAUCUUCCAUGGAGCGAGACGCCGGUGAAACUGCCACAGAAGGGGGGACACUCUCCAAUGCUACCUUCCCUCGAAAUGACAAGUCAGGAGAGGUGAAAUGUACAGCGCAAACACCCAACUUGGGGGGAAGAAGCAACACUAGGCGGAAAAGCCGAAAUGAGCAAAAAAUGGUCCAUUCGAAUUUCUUCCACAAAAAAAAGAUGAAGCUCAUGGAGCGCUGGCAGAAGGUGGCCGAAGAAUCUAAGCUACAGAAUGACUCGCACUCGGACUCCAGUUGUUAA